CUGUUUGCAUGAUAAUAUGGUAUUUAUACAACUUAGUAAAUUGAACGGGAAUGAAAAACAUCUGGUCUACGAGGGCUAAACUGUAAUUUGUCAAAAUGGGGAAUGAGGCGUGACAGGUUGAAUUCUGAUACCUUGUGGGCCUCGAGUGGGCCUUCCCGGUCCAGGAUGCUGGUUAUCGAGCAGGCGGGCGUCGGUUCCGCCCUUCUCCGCACUAUCUGCAACCCGGCGGGUACUGGGCUCGCCAUUUUCCCCCGAUCCGGUAAUCUGACCGCCCGAUCCGCCUACUACUUCUCCUUCGCCCCCAAUCGCCUUCGCAUUCCUCCUAUCUUCCCUCUGUACUGCGACGAUGCCCUAAUCCUCGUCGCCCGCCGGAAUUUCGCCUGAACCAGAACCCGGAGAAGAGCCGCAUCGCAGGCAUCACGAAGCACCUGGAGAAGAACCAGAACCCUAGCUGGCACCAGGUGUUCGCCUUCUCCAAGGACCGCCCGCAUCCAGGCGAACUUCGUGGGCCGCAUCGUCUUCGACCUCACCGCAGUGGUACAAGCUCCAGGACAAGAAGGCCGACAAGCUCUCCUCCGGCGGCGGCGAGUGUCGAUCGGCACCCAAGCCGACGAGGCCUUCCCCGACGCCCUCGACGUCCUUGCCGUCGGUUCACCCCGCCGAGCUCGCUCCCUCCUCACCAACCUGCUGCUGCCACUUAUUUCAUCCCUACCUCAGAUUUAGGUAGAUCGCGUUGGAUCCGUGUGAAAUCCGUAACUUGCGAGCCGGGCUUUUCGAGCUCGAGUCGAACACGAGCCGACUUUGAGCACUAACGAGCCGAUCUCGAGCUUGUUCGGCUCGUUGACAGCGCUACGUGAGUCGCGUCUCGGGCGAGUUGAACGGGUUGACCCUCUAUCCAUCCCUUCUAGGGUUUUCCCUUUCCCUUUCCCUUGCUCCUUCCCCUUCUCCUCUCCUCCAUCAAUGGCGCAUCGCUUGCUCAGGGACGCGCAAGCCGAUGGGUGGGAGCGCUCCGAUUUCCCCAUCAUCUGCGAGUCGUGCCUCGGCGACAACCCCUACGUUCGCAUGCUAAGAGCAGAUUAUGACAAGGAAUGCAAAAUCUGCUCCCGACCAUUUACAGUCUUUCGCUGGAGACCUGGGCGUGAUGCAAGGUACAAAAAGACGGAGAUCUGCCAGACAUGCUGUAAGCUGAAGAAUGUGUGCCAGGUCUGCCUCUUGGAUCUCGAAUACGGGUUACCGGUUCAGGUCCGUGAUACUGCUCUUGCUAUCAAUUCCAAUGAUGCUAUCCCGAGGAGUGAUGUGAAUCGUGAAUACUUUGCAGAAGAACAUGAUCGCAAGGCGAGAGCUGGCAUAGAUUAUGAGUCUUCAUAUGGCAAGGUACGGGCAAAUGAUACUAUCUUAAAACUUCAGAGGACAACACCAUAUUAUAAGAGGAACAGAGCACAUGUUUGUAGUUUCUAUGUCCGCGGCGAGUGUACGCGUGGUGCUGAAUGUCCAUAUCGGCACGAGAUGCCUGAAACUGGGGAAUUAUCUCAGCAGAACAUAAAAGAUCGUUACUAUGGAGUGAACGAUCCCGUUGCCCUGAAGCUGCUGAGCAAGGCUGGGGAGAUGCCAUCUUUGACCCCGCCAGACGACGAGAGCAUCCGCACACUGUACGUCGGCGGCCUUGAUGCACGGAUCACGGAGCAAGACCUCAGGGACCAGUUCUACGCCCACGGCGAGAUCGAGUCCAUCCGCAUGGUCCUCCAGCGCGCCUGCGCCUUUGUCACCUACACAACCCGAGAAGGCGCUGAAAGGGCCGCCGAAGAGCUGGCCAACAAGCUGGUCAUCAAGGGUGUCCGCCUCAAGCUCAUGUGGGGGCGGCCGCAGGCGCAGGCCCCUUCAAAGCCCGAGGACGGGAGUGAAGAUGGGGCCGCAGGGCAACAGCAAGGCGGGCUUAUUGCCCACGGCGGGAUGCUUCCUAGGGCUGUUAUCUCCCAGCAGCAGAGUGGCGAGCAGCUCCGCCCGCCCGGCACAGAGCAGCAGCUUCCUCCCGGGCAUUACUUUAACAUUCCGGCCCCACCCCCCAUGGAGCGGGCCUUGUACCCAUCGAUGGACCCGCAGAGGAUGGGCGCGCUGGUGCCCUCCCAUGAGGGCGAUGGUAACAAAGCAGGGCCGGAGAGAGGGUCCGCGGGCAGUUCUGGGCAUGCUUACCCGCCACCGCCAGCACCGCAGGCUCCACAUUUCCAAGGCCAGUAUCCUCCGUACUAUACCAACCCUUACGGGUACACGCCGUACCCGCAACAUUAUCGACCUCCGUAUCAGCCAAUGAUGGCCCCGCCGCCACCGCCGCAACCUUCCCAGCAGCAGCCUGCAGCACAACAGCACAAUCCGGGAGCAGCCAGGUUGCCAUCCCAGAACUAAAAUCCUUCUAAAUGUACUUCUUUUUUUUUUCCUUUUCUUUUCUCCUCCUGUUCUAUCAUAGAUUCCUCCAUGCCUUUUGUUUGUAAUAACUGUAUGAUUGGAUAUGAAUCUGUUGCCAUUGGAGGCUAACUAGUAUUUUGCUGUGUAUUUUAAAUUAGCAGUACUGGAUCCUAUUUUACAAAACAGGCAUGUCUUAACUCUUAGCAUC